GCGAAGGUUGUCAAAAGAGAUGGAAAGAACAUUUUGUCGGAGAGCAAAGUUCCUCAAACCUUGCCCUAAAACACCGAUCCCUGACCUUCUGGGACAGAUGUGCAAACCCCUAAACCCCGAGCUCCCCUCCCCGCCUCAGGGAUCUACUCGAUCUGUCGUGCAGAUGUGAAUCGCAACUCGUUGACAGGAGGAUCUCUGCGUUGGCCCAUUGUGGUGUUUGCGCCUCAUUGCAGGGGAGGCGACAGCGCUGUAGACAUGGAAGAGAACGGCAAGAUGUCGGAGGCUGAUGUCCAGGAAACGCAGGUCCAAGUGCGGUUUACCACGAAGCUCAGGGACGAAUUUCGCGUCGUGAGCACUCCGUUUGCCGUCCCUUCGAGCUUGACUCGUUAUGGACUGUCUGAGGUCAUCAACGCUCUCCUUGGUCGUGAUAAACCAAUCCCAUUCGACUUUCUGUUGGAUGAUGAGCUGAUAAGGACUUCGUUGGAGGAUCUGCUUCUAGCCAAAAACCUGUCUGCGGAAUCUAUCCUCAAUAUUGAGUACAUUCCAGCCGUUGUGCCCCCAAUCCCCAAGGAAAGUCAGCUUCAUGAUGAUUGGGUUAGCGCUGUGGACGCUUCUUUGGCCAGUUACAUCGUUACUGGUUCAUACGACACUUUUGCCAGAUUGUGGAGUGUAGCUGGAACUUGCGUAGGCGUGUUGGAAGGACACACCGAUGCUAUCACAUCCGUUUCUGUCAUUCCCACGCCAGUAUCUCAUGGGGAUAACAUAUCAAUUGUUACUGGCUCGAAGGACCGUACAUUGCGAAUGUGGAAGGUGCCAACUGAUAACUCGUCAUCCAUAAAGACGGUGAAACCCACCAGAUGUUUCAAAGGCCAUACUUCUUCCGUUCAGAGUGUCGCAGCAAGCCCAUCUGGUAUGCAGAUUUGUUCAGGAUCAUGGGAUUCGUCUAUCAUGUUGUGGAGAACGUCGGAGGAUGCCCUUGAACCUGAGGAAGAGGAGAUUGCUAAGAAAAGGAAGCUCGCUGGGCCCGAUGUUGACACUCAGCUCGCCGAGACAGAGGUCUCAGCGAAAGCAACGUUCGAUGGACAUACGCAGUGCGUGUCAGCAGUUGCAUGGGCUGCCGAGGAUUAUCUAUUUUCUGUAUCUUGGGACCAUUCAGUACGAAGCUGGAACGUAGAAACGGGCGCAAACACUUCAACGAUGAGUUGUAGUAAAGCUCUUCAUUGCCUGAGUGUCGGAGGCGAAGGAUCGGCCUUAUUAGCCACAGGCGGUGCCGAUAAUGUGUUGAGGGUUUGGGAUCCUCGAAUAGUUGGUGUUGUUGCCCCGAUACUCCAGCUAACGUCACACAAGGGAUGGAUCACGUCCUGUAAAUGGCAUCCUCGAUCAACGUUUCACUUGCUAUCGGCAUCUCACGAUGGGACUAUCAAAGUCUGGGAUACGCGAGCAAAGGUUCCUCUUUACACAGUCGAAGCUCACAAGGACAAGGUUUUGUGCGCCGAUUGGUGGAAAGAAGAUUGUAUCGUCAGUGGAGGAGCAGACUCCAAAUUGAGCAUAAUGCGAGAAGCGAAGUUCAAUUUAUGAAGAUCGGCCCGACUUUUGUUGCCGACUAGUUUUGCAGAUGGCGGACGACAAGUUGUCUUCGCCGGAUCAGGAAUUUAGAGUAGAAGUAAAUACAGCGUAGGCAGUUAGCGUUGUCGGGAGUAGAGACGUUCACUACAGAUAUGAGGCAAAGUUCAGGUCUUCACAGGGCGACAAGUCGGUCGUAAGCCGAGCAUCAGCUCUGUUCUAGAAACCAAUUCUACAAUCUCUCAAAUCGCACAAAUUCGAGUGUAAAUCUAUCUUGAAAUAGUUGAAACUUUCAUCGUCUUGACAACCGUG